GGUGGCCAAGAGUUUAACCGUGUGCCUUCAUCCUUUAAAUCUCUGCUGUUGAGUAGGUCCCCUGUUUAGUUUGGUUGCCAUCCAUCCAUUGCUUGCUGUUGGAUCGAAAAAGGGACCGUCCCGUCCAUCCUGGAUCUUAAAGCCCUUGUCGACGUCUUGCUCCUCUCGUCCCCUCUCGUCUCGGCUUCUGGCGAGGUCAAACUAUUAUUCAAACCUUUAGAAACUCCUCCUCUUCUUUGUCUCGCCUUUGCCUUGCUCUACCUACCCUUUCUCCUGGUCUCAUUCUCAUUUUCAGUCUUUUCCUCAAUUCCCUUGCUCUUGGACGGACACGUCGUCUGGGUUCCCAUCGUCUUCCUCUUUAUUGGGCAGCUUGGGCAUACUCGUCCCCUCACCUACACCGACUUCAUCAUCUUUCUUUCCUUGUGUCUGCCAACAUCACUCUCUUACUUAAUUCCCGCGGUUUCAACUCACAUCAUAAUAUCGUAUUAGCAACCUAAACCCUCGGCUCCUCUCUUUGUUUCAAUCUCUGCAACUUCACUUCCCCAGGUUUCCUCGACGACGUUUCUUUGAUCCUUUUCGCCCGUUUCGGAGGAACCCGUUUCGCGCUCCAAGGACGCUGCUCUGACGACCAACCACCAAAAUCAAGGCCUCUCGAGUCAUAGGAAUUCGAGUGUCUCAGCCCAUUGUUCUUUUCUAGGAGACGACCCAAAACUGAGACGACCACUGCCGCAUGCAAUUAUUGUAAUAACUAAUACGUGACGACUUGGUCAUUUUCUCAGUUUAAAAGGCUUCUCACCUCCUCAGGAUAUCCUGUGCGAAACCAAGUCUCAACGAAAUUCCCCCGCGACGAACCUGCGAGACUCUUCGCAGUCCAUUGACGUCGUAUCUGUCUGCAAGCACUUGCUGGGAUGCUCUAAUGCUCCGGCGGCCGAGACCAUGACUGUAAAAGGCGGUUUCACCAGUGCGGGCCAGCCAGGCCCUGACAGUCAGCAUCAGCAUCAGGUGCCUGCGUCUGGGCAUAUGCCUUCCCCUAUGGCCACAGCUGAUCUUCAAUCUGACGCUUCCUCAUCUACUGUCAUUGCCCACGCAGACUCGCACCGGCAGAGCCACAGCUCUUCCAAGUUGCCCGCUUUCCGCUUCACUGACCGGCGAAGCAGCAGCUGUGGAAGCGUGCCCCUAGCUAAUAAGGGUGACCCCCUGUCCCUUAGCAGCAGCAACCAAUACAACCAUAACAGAAACCAAAAUCUCGAUUCGAGAAACAAUAACAAGGACGACCGCACCAGCGAUUACCUUAACCACAAACCAACUACAUCGGCAUCGGCGACGGCAUCAGCCUCAACACCAACCUCACCACUCGCCAAUACUUUGGAUAGCGCAUCAGCGGCGCUUUCUCUGCAGUCUUCAAUUGUGUCGUCGAUUGUCUCACCCAAUUCAGAACCCAGCACUCUUACUCCGACUGUCUCAGUCACCCCGACCACAGUAUCACCUGUAUCAGCAGACCCAGGCCUAGUGUCCCCCCCGAGCGCUGCUGUUAGUGGACCAUUGACAGCACCCGACCCUGGCCCAGCACCAGCAACUCUCGCAACGACCCAUUCUCACACUUCUCACCCGACAACGCAUCACCGCGACGAAAAACACGCUGUCUCUGCAUUAACACCUGCGCCUGCAUCUGCAUCUGCGCCCACAGACCCCUCAACGAACACAGCAUCCUCAUCCUCGCAGCCCAACGAACCCAAGUCAUCCAACGAAUCCGACACAACGCUGCUCUCACAAAACAAUUCUGGGACGUCCUCGGUUCAUCCAUCGUCAUCGGUGAUCCAACUCUCGCCUGGGGUUAAGCGUCCCGCAUCUUUUGACGCACAUGCACCUGACGCGAUCUCCCCGCAUCCUGCUCCUUCAACCUCCAAGUCUCGGACUCGGCGACCGCUGGUGUCGCGAAGAUCGACUGCUGGCACCUCUUCCACUGGCCCGCCACCUUCUUUGAACUCUGAGCGCCUGCAAGCCAUCGAAGCCGCCCAGGAAGGUCAAUCCACUUGGCCCUCCUCAAGUGACAAUUCACCCCAGCAAUCGCCAUCUGGCCAACGCGAAUUAAUUUUGCCCAAGACGCUGUCCAGAACCAACUCCGAUGAGAGGCGAGCAUCUGCCUCCCAUCGCCCUCCCGUUUCAUACCGACCGCCUCUCACCUCCAAUAGUAGCACUGAAUCAUCGCCGUCAACCGCUGUUCGUGUUCCCCCAAUUCGAUCUUUCCGAUCUUCAGGCUCCCGCAAGAGCCUCACUCUCGAUAUGAAUUCGAGGCCGCGCUUCCACGACUCUGGCGACGAAGUCGAAGACACUAACCAUGACCGUACCUUGCGCGCCUUGGAGGGUAGGGGUAAUGAUGAUGCACUUCGGUCAGCUCCUUUAACCUCAAGUCGCCGUGGCGCCUUCGAUAAUGAAGAUACUGGCGACGUUUUCCUUAAGAUUGCCAGGGAGGAAGCUUCCCAGCGUCAAACAGACGAGCACCCCCAAGAAGAUACCCGCAGCGUAGUGUCCCGAGUGACGCGAUUUACGCAUCGAAGACCGUUAUCCUCCGUAGUCCCUAUACAUCAGCCUACUUCGCCUCCUAGGGUUCGGCGCCGGCUUUCUGAUCAACAAGACACUGCGCGGUCACGAUCAAGAGGCUACGAAGACGACCGGGCAACUGAACUUUCUCGCAUGUCAACUUAUCGCACACUGCCACGAGAAAAAGCAGCAUCUGCGCAUCCUGGAGAAGAUACAGGACGUAUGCGAGGCUCGACCUCAACCAUGCGCCCGUCCCCCGUUACACCUCGAUCGAUAGUUUUUCAGGAACCUAAUUCCGAAAACUCCAUGUAUUCUCGUCGAAGAUCCUCUGUCACGGACAACAAUGUAAGUGGACAAAACCGAGGCUCUGCGUACAAAUUCAUGGGUCAUGGUCACAACAAGACGUAUAAUUCCUCCCCUCUGGUCCGGUCAUUUGAUUUCCAGCGUCAAGCAAAUCAGGAGGCUGGCAACGGGGCUGAGGGAACGGAAUCGACUUUGUCGAAUACAGCCCCCUCCACGGUAUGGGACGAACUAGACGACCUCAAAUCAAGAAUACAUCGACUAGAACUGACUGGUAAGCUGCCUUCGACUUCCGGCGCCGCAGUAUCGAGAUUAUCAGACGACCGACCGCCGACGGCGACUACUACAGCCACGACUAUGUCUUCUUCCCCCAAGCGAGUUGAGAAUGGUCAUCAGAACACGAAUGCCGACGCCGUUAGCACCACGUCCUCCCACCACCGAGAGUCGCAUUCCAUCCUUCAAUCCGCCCUUGCUAAGUCCAAGGUUCUACUCGACACGGAAGUUUACCAGGCCCUAGAGUCUGCUGCUAACGAUGCCAUGGCCCUCGCUUCCAUGAUGGGAACACCCGGCCUACCUGGACCCAUUUCGAGCGGCGCCAGCACGAUAGGCUCUAACGCAACUGUUACUGAUCGCCAACUGAGACGAAAGGCCGAGAGUGUGUGUCGCAGCUUAACAGAGCUUUGCCUCGCAUUGGGUGAGGACGCUACCCAGACACGUAUACCGCGACAGUCAAUUGAAAUCCCACCACCUGCUCAGAAUGACGCGCCAACUACACCGACGAUUGGUAAAACCUUUAGUGGCUUUUCUCAACGUCGACAGAGCAUUGGGAGAAACGAUCAGACUGCCGCCAAGGAACAUCUCACCAGCCCCAGAACUCUGUCCAAAUUUGAGGAGAGAAGACUCAACAUUCUUAAUGGUAGUUCUCUACCUACAUCACGUGUGUCUAACUCAAUACCAUCGACACCGAUCGAGCCGAUCUCGAAUCGGCGUUCUUCUCUCUUGGUUUCUCGAUCUCGCCGUGCUGGUACCGAAGAACCUGAUGAAGGCAGGAAGUCAUCGCUUCUACUAAGAACCAGAAGAGCUGGUACUGAGGAGCCUGAUGAAGGCCGUAGAACAUCUUUAUUCGUCCGCAACCGUAGAAACACGGUCGGCGAAGAAGGCGAGGAAGAAUCAAGGUUCCGAGCGCCUUCUCGAGCACCUACUGAGCUUGGCAGCACGAUUCGAGUUGUGACACAGGAUCAAACGCCACAGCAGCAGCAAUACUCACCGUCAGCUGAUACCACAUCUGCCAUCCCGCGUCGGCGCUUUGUUUCGUCGAAUCUCGGUGCCUCUAGGCUGGCGACGCCAUCAGUUAACACAGCAACACCGCCUCGAAGAUACAUGGAGAGACCGGCACAGCAAGACCACGGUAAUAGCGCUGUCGAGAAGCUUGCUGAAGAGCGUGCACAACGCUACACCUCUCUUGGGCAAACAACCAUGGUCAAUCGGACCAGCAGUAUGAUCAGAAGACCGAAACGGGACAGCAUUGCGUCCGCCAAUCCUUCUGCAGCUGCAGGCAGCUACAGAUGAUGCCAAUGACCAAUGACCUUGAUUGAUUUAACGACUGUACAACUACCUAUACAUUAUGUUUCGAGCGCCGGACGUUGCUAUUUAUAUACUUUUAUGUUUGCACAGGAAACAGCUUAUUUUUCCUGUUCCCUCUAUUGAUUCUCAUCCGGCUCGGCCGAACGAGUCAUGGCGAUGGUUGGGGACGACAAAUUACAUUAUAGUUCUUGUUUGACGUACAUACACUGUCUAUAGACAAGCUUAUUUUGCUUGAGAGGACAGCAUCUUUGCAGGGAGGAUAGUAUUAUGGUGUUUGGGAGGAGGUUUGCUUUCUGAAAACGGCGCACGAGGAGCGACCAUGCAAGAAACAAGACAGAGCCUGGGCUUUAUAUCUGUUUUGUAUCGGGUUGGCAGUCAAGAAGACAUCAGGAUAAGCAUGUGGAUACCGAUUUAUUUUAAUGUAUGAUGUGGCUUGGUCGCGUAUGACGGCUCUUUGUUACCCUCUCUUUGACUUUGACCUUGGUGAUGUCGUUGUAAGAGGCUUGUGAGUUUAAACAAACGGAUGCAUGCCAUUUAUUUGGUGG